UCCUCGCCCGCCCGCAGCCAGGAGCGGGAACCCCCAAACUCGACCCAACCCACCAUGGCGGCCACCGGCGCCGGCGAGGAGCUCGUGUCCGUCGAGAUGCCGGCCCCCGAGGGCUGGACCAAGAAGUUUACUCCCCAAAGUCGGGGAAAGUCUGAGAUCAUUUUUGUAUCACCAACUGGAGAGGAAAUCAAGAACAAGAGGCAGCUGAACCAGUACCUAAAGGCAAACCCUGGAGGCCCUGCUUCAUCGGAGUUCGAUUGGAGUACUGGUGAUACCCCGAGGCGGUCUACUCGGAUUAGCGAGAAAGUGAAGGUAUUUGAUAGCCCCGAGGGUGAGAAGACCCCAAAACGGAGUAGGAGCUCAAGUGGCAGAAAGGGCAAGAAGAAGGAGGAUACUGAAACUGAGGAAGGCAAAGAAGCUGAGACGGGCAAGGAUGCCCCUAAAGUUGAAGAAGAUAAAGAGGCUGAAGCUGGCGAGGAUGCCCCUAAAGGUGAAGAAGAUAAGGAGGCUCAAGCUGGCAAGGAGGCCCCUAGUGAUGAUGCUGCAAAGAGCACCAAUGUGGAGACGAAGCCUGCUGAAGAGGUUGCUGUAGAGAGCACCGAUGUGGAGAUGAAGCCAGCUGAAGAAGCCAAAGAUGCUGUAGAAAGCACUGAUGUGGAGAUGAAGCCUGCUGAAGAGGCGAAAACUGAAGAUUCCACAGAGAAGGGUGAUGUGGCUGCUCCGGCACCAGUGGAAGAUGUAAAGAAAGAUGAGAAGCCAGUUGAGGUCGUAGCCCCUCCUGCACCAGCUGAGGCCGCUGCCCCUAUUGCACCGGCUGAGGCAAAUGCCGCUCCUCCCGCACAAGCGGAAGAAAAGAAGGAAGAUGCAAAGCCAGUUGAGACCAUGGCCGAUCCUUCUGCACAAGCGGAAGAGAAGAAGGAAGAUGCAAAGCCAGCUGAGGCCGUUGCUGCUCCUCCUGUAAGUUCUGAGGGGGCGACUAAAGAGGAAGUAGCCCCUCCAGUGAGUAAUCCAACCGAGAACUCAGUUGCUGCUCCCAGCGACCCUGCUGUUCCUCCUACUGCUCCGGAAUCUGAAGCCAAAGCAGAUGCUGCCGCAGUAGAUAGCCAGCAGCCCAGCGCGGCCACCAGUGAGUCAUCCCCUGCUGUCAACAACGGGCAGCUGUCGCCUGGCGCCUCGACGGUGAAGUGCACCUGAAGCAGCUCCUCUCGCCCUUCCUCCGCCGUGCCCGCGUCUCCUAGGAUCAUUCACAUUCGCAUUGUAAUCAAUCAGUCUGUGUCGGGUAAGCAUGUUAAUUUAGCCAGUCUGACGUUACUGGGUGAUGAGCACCGGGUAAGUACGUAGGCUCUGCAUUUAGUCACAUUUUGUAUGGCCGGCGUGGGCGGCCGCAUAGGCAUUGCCCCGCCGGCGCAACAUACAUGUACCCCAAUCCACAUCGUCUGUUCAUCUAACUUGUAAGCUCAUUAAUAUUAGGGAACACAUAUACCGCCGUCUGUGUGUGUGUCUGUUUGUCAAUGUGUACCUGUGAUGUAUUGUGAGACCUGAAUACCCUACCCUUUGUAUGCUGUUGUUUAUCUCCAAUGAAUAAAUGAGGGUUGUCUUGUGUA